CCAUUUUCAAAGCAAAAUCCCUCUUACUCCUCCACGAAAUUCAUGCAAAAUGCUACGCCAGUUCUUCACAUUGUGUGAUUCUUAUUGAAGUGCUGUAAUCUUUUGUACCAAUUGGGUUCACUGCGAACCGAGAAGCAAUUUUUUGUAUCAAUUAUCUGGUUUCUUGGGCUCUUUUUUCAUCUCGAAGAUCCGGUCUUUGCGAUUUGUUUUUUGCAGCGUUUUAUAGGGUUCCUGGACAGGCCACUUUUGCAAUGAUGCAACAUGAGAUGGAGUCCCAGAUUCAUUACCUCGAGCAAGUAGCAUACAGUUCAGUGCUACGAGCUUUCAAAGCACAAUCCGAUGCCCUUUCAUGGGAGAAGGAAGGAUUAAUAACAGAACUUCGGAAAGAACUGCGAGUUUCUGAUGACGAGCAUAGAGAACUACUCUCCAAGGUAAAUACCGACGACAUCAUUAUAAGGAUCAGGGAGUGGAGGACUUCAGGGGGGACCCGUAGUGCAAUGCUCAACAUUCCCCAAUCUAUCCAUGACCCAAUUUCACUGAGUCCGACUGUUUCAGCAUCUCGGAAGAGGCAAAAGACAUCUAUGCCCCUGUCUUUACCCACUCAGUCGUUUUCUGGCUUGGGAGCUGGAAUCCAAACCCCUAAACCUUCCCCAAGGUACCCCUUAAUGGGGAGAACUCCACGGGGAAUGCUUUCAAAUCAUGGGUCUUCUGCUAUUUCCAUAGCAAAUGAAGCAACUGAUGUGGGUACAAGGGAUCAAUUGAUUGGGAGGAAACUAAGAACCAGAUGGCCUGAUGACAACAACUUUUAUGAGGCUGUCAUAGUUGACUACAAUCCUGUACAGGGACGUCAUGCUCUACUUUAUAAUAAGAAUACACCACAGGAAAGCUUUGAAUGGGUUAAUCUCAAGGAGAUUCCUCCGGAGGAUAUCCAAUGGAUAGGUGAGGACCCAGGAUCUGAUCAAGUUAGUCAUGGUGGACAAGGACAUGGAUUUGGUAAUCAAGUUAGCCAUGGAGUUAGUAGAGGUAGAGGGAACCCAAAGGAGCAAUCGCGAAAAGGAUACCCACCAUCGCAGAAUGGUGAUAUGAAGGCUUCAGAUGAAAUAGAGAUAUUUCACACUGACACUCUUAUAAAGGAGGUGGAAAAAGUAUUUGAUGCUACUCAUCCUGAUCUGCUUGAAAUAGAGAAGGCAAAGAAAAUGCUCAAGGAACAUGAACGAGCACUGAUUGAUGUCAUUGCGAAGCUCGCAGAUGCAUCCGACAGUGAUAGCGGUGGAGAUGCACGAUUCGUGCAUGGGCAUGGGCAUGGGCAUGGACAAGGGAUGGAUGGAGAGGUAGGAGGAGGCAGAUACGGCAGCAGCAACCAUUAUGGAAGAUCGGAUGGUACAGCAGCAAUGGGGAGAGGAAGCAUAACAGCAGCAACUGAUAACCAGGCAGAAGAGUAUGUGGAUAUCAUCUAGUAAUAUACAUGGUAAACCUCUCUUCUUAUCUUAACUUAAAAAGAAUGACAAAAAAUUAGAGUUUUAGUUAUUAAGAUUCAGGAUUUUGUUAUGUUUUGUAUAGAUGAUGGUAUAAAAGUAGAAGAAUAUAUUAUGCACAUACCUAUAUUCAAAGCUCAAA